UCUCCAGGCAGUUGCUAAUUAGAUGCGAAAUAGGUGAGUCGUUCGACUAUUUGAUGAAGUGUUACCGGUUUGACGACAUUACCGUGACCUUCAGAUAUUUUUGUGCUGUUGCAAACGAAGUUUUGUAAAUACCUUGAUUAUUUGGAGCUAUUUUACUGCAAGAUGGCCAAGCAAACCGCCGAACAAUCUAGGAAAGAUAUGUUGAGUAAGAAAAAAGAAAGAGAACGUGCAAGAAGACAGAAAAUUAAGAACAAUCCGGAAGAAUAUGAAAAGCAAAGACAGAAAGAAAAGGAGCGUUACCAGAAAAGGAAAAGCGAAGGCAAAAUUAAACUUAUUGGCGAUUUAAGUGACAGAGAUAAAAGAAAAAAACGAAAAACAUGGAUACAUCAUAAUAGAACAUACAGGGAAAAAAAAAGAAAGUUAACUGAUAUUGAGAACGAAGCUCUUUGUAAUACUCCUACACCAUCAGUGGUUGACAUUUUUGAAGACCAAAUUGUAGAGAAUGCUUUGCCACAAACUGAAAUUAAUUUGAGAAGGAAAAUAUCCCGUCUAAAGAUGAGGGCACACCGGGAAAGACUUCCACAAAAGCAAGAAAUAGAAAGGCUUAAAAAUGAGAAUAGGAAGCUAAGAUCCAGGGCAUUGAAAGAAAAAAUUGCAGCACAAUAUAGAAGUCCCAAUGACAAAACGAAUACGGAAGAAUGUCCUUUGCCAGAUUUGACUCCCAAUACAAAAAUCAACGUUACUCUUGAAAAGGCUGGAGUUGUAGUUCCCAACAGUAUCAAAAAGGAGUUAGUUUUUGGAGAGUGUCUAAAGCAGCAGUUAAAUGCAAAUUUCAAGAGUAUUAAAGGUCAUCGUUCAAAACAAGUAUUUGCUGAAGUAGUGGGAGGAGGCAUUCUUAAAAAAUAUGGAGUAACAUGUAAGCUUAAUAUGUCGCAAUAUCUAAGCACGUCAUUGCCAAGCCGCAAAAAAAAGAGAACUGAUGUAAAGAUAAUUUCUGUGAAAAGAGAUGUUAUACAAUUUUUCGAAAAUGAUGAUAACAGUCGUCUGUGUGCGGGAAAGAAAGAGUGUAUUACAUACAAAAAGUUAAAAAGCAAAAACGCUAUAUGAAUUACUCACUUAAGU